GUUCCGUGUUGCUCGUUCGAGUCCGCCUCUCCGCGCCCCUGCUUCCCAUUGACGUACUUUUUAAGCGUCUUCCCCUUCUCCACCUUAAGGCGAGCAGCAGCGGCAGCGACCAAUCACCAUGCCAUUACAGCCUUCAGAGGAAGCUGUUUAUGGGACUGCAGCGCUAAUUAGGCUCAUGAACUAACAAAUCUUCCUGCACGAACCCGGCGAGGAAAACGAUCACAUCCAUGGAUUAGUCUGGAGUAGCCGAGCACUUUUUAUUUUGGCUUCCUCGACACAGCCGCCUUUCCUGAACUUAUUUACUGCAAAGAAACUUUCCCCCUUUUCUUGCCCGUGGAGUAUUUUUAAGCGAGAGAGCCUACAACAACUUUGACUUAAACUGGGGAAUCUGGACAUUCAGACCAUGUUUCAACCUACACCCAAGAGGUGUUUUACUAUAGAGUCUUUAGUGGCGAAGGAUAAUCCUCUACCGGUGUCCCGCUCCGAGGAGCCCAUCAGGCCAGCGGCUCUCAGCUAUGCAAACUCCGGCCAGAUGAACCCAUUUCUCAACGGCUUUCACUCUGGCGGCAGGGGCGUCUACUCUAACCCGGACUUGGUAUUUGCCGAGGCGGUCUCCCAUCCGCCGAACUCCGGCGUCCCGGUGCAUUCGGUGGCCCCGCCGCACGCUCUGGCCGCUCACCCGCUUUCGUCCUCGCACAGUCCGCACCCCCUUUUUGCCAGCCAGCAAAGGGACCCAUCAACUUUCUACCCCUGGUUAUUACACAGAUAUAGGUACUUGGGACACAGAUUUCAAGGUAAUGAAACGAGUCCGGAGAGCUUCCUUUUGCACAACGCGCUUGCCAGAAAGCCCAAAAGAAUCAGGACAGCUUUUUCACCCUCGCAACUCCUGCGGCUCGAACACGCGUUUGAGAAAAACCAUUACGUAGUGGGAGCAGAGAGGAAACAGCUCGCGCACAGCCUUAGCCUCACAGAAACUCAGGUAAAAGUGUGGUUUCAGAACCGAAGGACGAAGUUCAAGCGACAGAAGUUGGAGGAGGAGGGUUCCGAGUCUCAGCAGAAAAAGAAGGGAUCUCAUCACAUAAAUCGGUGGAGACUGGCGACUAAACAGACGAGUCCAGAGGAAAUUGAUGUCACUUCGGACGAUUAAAAAGACUAUACGCGUCUGAGUGAAAGAGGACUUGGAUAAAAGGAGGACAUAGAGACAGUUAGAGGGUAAAAAGCAAAUGUCACAAAUUCAGAUCUCCGGAGAUCGGCAGCUGAGGGUGAGAGAACCCCGACUGGUGGCUCUGCUGUCACCAAGUGGGUCUGUCAAUCCAAAUGACCCAGGACAAAUUAACUGACACAGUGUCAGUGCACCUACCUGAUCCCUACCAACAUCCACCUCUACAACCUCUCCACACCACCGCCCCUUUUCUCCAAUUCAUAUUGGACGUUUGCACUUCAGAAGGAUUAUUUAGCAAAAAAGAAAGAAAGAAAGAAAGAAAGAAAGAAAGAAAGAAAGAAAGAAAGAAAGAAAGAAAGAAAGAAAGAAAGAAAGUUUUCACCCAAGAAACCAAAACACCAAACAGCUUUUGUAAAACUUGAAAUGCAUGGGAUAUUUUUUUUCCUGGUACUUGUUUUAAUUUGACACUUUUGUCAAACAAAUAAGAAAAGAAAAAAACAUUUUGUUUUUAAUUCUAUUUUCAAACUGAGAGAUGUCGUGCUAUUUCCUUUUUACAAAGUGUGCAGUCUUUAAUGAUUCUCGUGUCAAAGUGAUUGUGAAAACAUAUGAAGUAGCGGUGCUGCGUUUAGUGUUUUUUUUUUUCAUAAAGAGAAGAAAAAAUUCGAUGAAAGAGGCUUACUUAAAGUGAAUCAGACCACAUAUGAAGUACUGAAAAGGGAAGGUGUCAGGACAUUCCUUUAACCUAAAGCUUUACCAAUGUGUCGCUGCGGCCCCACGCAGCCUUCUGUCAGGACUUGACCCUCCAGUGAAAGUUGCCAUGUCGGACUAAAUGCAACAACUGAGACAGAGAAAAAUAAUUCUUCAAGCACUGAGCGUAUUCCAUGUACAGAUGCUAAAAAUCAAUGUUUCUGUUAAACCCUCUUUUACAGAAUGUAAAUAAUUUUGUGUUUGUGUUAAGUUUGCUACAAUUUUAACACAAAGUAUAUACUUCUAAGAAGUAUGUAAUUGUCAAUAUUUUGUCAAUAAAGUUUUAUCAAUAUGUUGCGCUUA